CACCCCCUUGCACCCGUACUUUCCGCAAAUACAACAAACGGCGGGAUACACUGCUUGACGCCUCGACUUCUGGCUUGGCUUGUUCACUCGAGACAGCUUUUAUGGCAACGCAGCCACCACCCAAGAAUGAGGUCAAGAAGAAACUCGUCGAGCUCCGUGAUGCUCCUGUCGCCAUGGUUCCGGACGAGGUUCUUAGAAUCCUGUCCAUGUAUCUCCUUGGAAGUCUCUCCGCACCUGCUAACCCUACUACAUUCAUUUCCGCACACGAGCAUUGGUUUUGUUCGCAGGCUGACGAGGUGACAAGAGAGGCGGCGACAUUCCUCAUCCGUCUACAUGCCUACAACAGUAACUCGGUCGAUGUCUGGAGGCUGCAUCUGAAGCGGGUACUGUCACGAUGUUGCUACUGCGUUAGAGGUCUACACGAGGCAGAGAUCAUGUCGAGACAUACGUACUUCGGCGCGUUUAACGACAACGUCCUCAAGACAUUCUACGGCAGCUUUCAUAACUUUCUCACGGACUUUGUUGUGCAGGCUCUAGCGGAGAAAGACUUCACUGGAGGCACAGCACAGGGACCCGACUCCGAGCGAACCUUCGUGGACGCCCCACCUGCUAUUACCUUCCUGAUGGCCACCUAUUUACACAUGCUUGAGGACUCGCGUAUCGUCGGACUGUUGCACAAGUAUUGUCCUCGCGCACCUAUCAAGUCUUGGCCAUCAGACAUCCCUCCAUCUGGACUGCUUGCUUUGCUCUUCGACGGGCCCCAUGACAUCCGUGUUUGGGGACAGAAACAAUGCAUAUCAUGCGAGGUUGCUCCCAUUCCAAUGGAAAACUUCUCCCCUUCACAUAUCACAGUCUUGAAGGCUGUCUGCGAAUCUAUCACCUCUUCGCGCACCCUCUCCGACUGUCUUGGCGACACGUACAAAGUUCCAUGGCUUCAAGACCUUCCUGCUAUAUGGGCCGGGUUCACUCUUUUUCUCCGCUUCGUUCCCGUUGAACUGUUCCGAGCAAGUCGCACUUUCGACAUCGAUAUUCGUCACAUGAUAGUAGGCCACUUGCACGACACCGAAACCCAUUUCAUCGACGUCUUAAAGAGCUUCAUAAUCAUUCUGAGACGUAUGGGCCCAGAUGCAUGGCAAGGCGAGGGUCCCGAAUACGCGCACGUGGUUUUCAACUCGAUCAAAGACAAUACCCGCUUCGCGGAUAUCCUGUGCAACCUCCCUGCACCCGUCGCCAAGGACGACUGGCAGCUGAAGUGGCUGGAGGUCUACGCUAACUCGGUCGGGAAACUUCCUGUCUUCAAGGACAUCCUCCCUACGGUCCUGCAGUUUCUAUGCGAGCAGCUGCAACAUGUGCGUUACAAGGUCGUUCGUCCGGUUGCUAUGAGCAUUGCAUCGAGGCUCCUCUACGCUGUCCUGGCUCACCAAGGGAAGGACGGUUCCGCAAGACAAGACCUUGCGCUCGAUCUUCUAACCGUCCACUCUGCUGUUUACGUUAGCGUCGCCUUCGGGAAGACCCACGCUGACGAAGCUUGGGAAGACGCGAGGAAGCAGGCGCGCCGGCUGAUCAAGCAAGCCCUCCUGACGGACGUUCGCAGGGCAGCUGCAGCCAUCACUUCGCUGUGUUCUCCCAGCAGCGGCACAACCCCUCUCCCUGCAUCUCUCAUUCAUGAGCGCGUCUGGGCGAAUAUUUACGACAGUGUGGAGCCCAAGGACUCGGAUGCGAUCGUCACGUUGGCGUCCGUCGUCGCCCACGUCGCACAUAUAGACGAGUUGAAGCCAGCUGCAUUCGAAGACAUCUUCAAGAAGUCGCAGUCAUCCAGCUCGUCGCGCGCCACGCUCUCAGCAGUCAAUAGCGCGCUCGUCGUCUUUCGCAGUGGUUUCCGGGACGUUGUAGUCCGCUACACCGAUCUCAGCCGAGCCUCCACUGCAGUCGACCUCCUAGGCCAAGAUGACGUCGUGAAGGACGUUGUGUCCAUCAUGUUCUCCCCUGUAGAGGCCCUCCAAGAAGCCGCGCAAGCCCUCGUCGCCCUCGCGUAUGACGUUGACGGCCGUCUAGAUUGCUUCCGAGCCCUCUUGGAACACUACCCAGCUGCUGCGCUGGCUGGCGUCUGCGAGUACCUGACAACCUACACUCGCUACGCCACAGUGGUGCCGGAGGCCUGUUCGCUCUCCCAAGCCCUGGCGCGUUGCCUUACAGACAUCAUUGAGGGUCUCUGCUCUAGCCCCGACGGCCUUCUUCUCCAGCCCAAAUUCCUCAAGGCCGCUGGGAACGUUUUGGAGGAGCAAAUCCCGAAGCUGUGGCACCUCAUGACAGAGGCCCUUUGCGUCAUCUUUGCGCACACACCCCGCUGGGCGCGGUUCUUCGAGAACGAGGAGAUGGUGAUCUGGAUGCGCGACGCGCUCAUCUUCGGCCGUGACCUCCUCGCGCAGCGGCGGACACUCGAGUCCGGGGCACUGGUGCGCUCCCAGAAGGACGUUGGUGCGAAUAAGAGGCUCUCGGCUGUCGGGAAGGCGAUGGUGGACGACUUGCAGCAGGUACUCUACGAGCUGACGAAGUGGCUGCGCUUGACGGACGAGGAGCUGCUCCACCAGUCUUUUGCGUUGCUCGAGACGCUGCUCGAGGGCUUCCGCAGCACCAACACACGUCCGCGGGACGAGACGUUCCAGCGCAUACAAAGGCAUAUCGAUGACGCGCGCAAGAACGACCCGAACAGGAUGAGGUCGCGGCUGGACUCGACGCGAUUGCUCCGGCUGCAGGAGGCAAUUGGGGCGUUUGACGAGGACGAUGAUGAUGACAUCCAGAUCAUCUCGCACACGUUCGGACCGAUGCCUAACAAGGUCAAGAAGGAGGGCAAGGCUAAGGCGGAGCCGCGACAUAUCCUCAAGUCUUCUGGGGAUCUGAAGGGCAAGGGCUCUGAGCGGAAGGACAGGCCAACCAUUUCUAGCUACUUCUCCAGUGGGGACGUGAAGAGGGCCGAGGCCAAGCCCGUGGUGCCUUCAACGAGCACGCGGGCAGCACCAAUCCACCGACCUUCAAAGCCCACCAUCAAGGACGAGAGCGCUAAGUCGAGCACGGCAGCUUCCAGCACCUUACCUUCGUCAAGUAGCGAAGAGGAGAGUGAUGAGGAUGAGGACGAUGAUGGUCCGAAAGGUCUGGCAGGCCUCUCAAAGUUGCAGAAGACCCCCGCCAUCAAGAAGCCCGUCGAGCGUCGGCAGGUCAAAAUGCUCGACCUGCCGUUGGAUGGCAAGAACCCGAGACUCGAGAUGAUCCGCAAACGCGAGGACGCUCGGCGGACGCACAUGCGUCUCAAGCCUGACGUUUCUGGGCUCUACCGCACCCUCUUGUCAUGGAACUACGAGCAUAACGGGCCCAUGCCGCCCGGAGAGAAACCGAGGUUGUCAUCUGUGCCGGAUCGCUUCGGGGACUACGCGCAUUUCCGUAGCGUUUACGAGCCGAUGCUCUUCCUUGAGUUGUGGAAUCAACUAGUCGAGUCGAAGGAGCAGCCUUUGGAGUCGCAUGACUGCCGUAUCCUCAGCCGACAGUAUACGGACGAAUACAUUGACUUGGAGGUAUCCAUCGAGGGAUCGGUCGGGAAGGAGUGGAGUCUCGCGGAGACGGAUAUUGUGCUGCUAUCGAGCUCGAAUGCUAAGCGACGAGUCUUGGGGAAGGCGCAAAGCUAUCGUGCUUCGUACAUAGGCAUUCAGGCCACAAUUCGUUAUUUAGCCAGCGGUGGGGAUCCGGGCCUGCAAGUGGGCACAUCUUGGAGUCUGGCCAAAGUGCUCAGCUUGUCCACCAUCAUUCGCGAGUACGGUGCACUCAUGGCGCUCCCACACUAUGAUCUCCUGGAUAGCAUCCUGCGGACUCAGCUGCCGAAACCCAAUAAGGUCGACUCAGGCGAGGUCCAGAGAGUUAUGAAGGCAUACAACGUGAAUGAGCCUCAAGCCAACGCCAUCCUCAAGUCGCUUGAUACUGAGGGCUUUGCGCUCAUCCAAGGUCCUCCGGGAACUGGAAAGACAUCGACUAUAUGCGGCUUGGUGCAACUGUAUCUGUCGCGACGAUCUAAGACCAUCGGACGGCCGGGCGACAAGGAAAUACCCAAGAAGAUCCUACUGUGUGCGCCGAGCAAUGCUGCCAUCGAUGAGAUCGCGUUCCGUCUGAAGGAAGGUGUGUCAGGGGCGGGGCAUCGUGCCGAGCAUCCCAAGGUCGUCCGAAUAGGUGCUCCCAAGGCUAUGAACCUCAGCGUUCGAGACGUCUCCUUGGAGUACCUCAUGGAUCAGAAGCUCAAUGCCCAUCCUGAGCUGCAGAACACCAAGGAGGCCGGAACCGAGCUGGCCCGGGUUCGUGCCGAGCUGGAGUCGGUAAAGGUGCAACGACAGCAGAAGAUGGACGAGAUGGCCCUCACUCACGACAACGCAGCGAAGACGCUUGCACUCGAGGACGACAUCAAGAAGUUGAACAGGGCGAAGGCCAUGCUGACGCAUCAGCUCGACAAAGUCAAGGACAAGCAAAAAUCAGAUUACCGUACGCUUGACGCUACUAGACGACGUUUUCGGAACGAGGUCCUGCAAGAAGCGGACGUCAUUUGCAGUACCCUUUCCGCAUCAGCGUACGAGUAUCUAGAAUCGUUUGAUUUCGAGGUUGUGAUCAUCGAUGAAGCCGCGCAAGCUAUUGAGCUCAGUUCCUUGAUUCCUAUGAAGUACCGCUGCCGCACGUGCAUCAUGGUCGGAGACCCUCAGCAGCUGCCCCCAACCGUCAAAUCUCAAGAGGCGUGUAGGCUUGGCUACGAUCAGUCGCUUUUUGUCAGACUCCAAAAGAGUCAGCCAGAUGCUGUCCAUUUGCUGAGCAUACAAUAUCGUAUGCACCCCGAUAUCAGCCAGCUACCCAGUAACCUCUUCUACGAUGGUCGACUGAGUGACGGACCCGAGAUGGCGGCGAAGACAAAACGACCUUGGCAUAAUCACCCGAAGUUUGGGACCUACCGCUUUUUUAGCGUGGAGUCCGGAACAGAGGAAAAUAUGCCUGGCACUGGCCACUCUCUUGUGAACCGUUCAGAAGCACAGGUCGCGGUAGCCCUGUACAACAGGCUGAUCAAGGAAUUCUCGUCGACAGACUUCGACUUCAAAGUCGGCGUCAUCUCCAUGUACCGUGGCCAGAUCGUGGAGCUGAAGCGUGCAUUCCGACAACGAUUUGGUGAAGAGGUCCUGAGUACGGUUGAUUUCAACACUGUCGACGGUUUUCAGGGUCAAGAGAAGGACAUCAUCAUUCUGUCUUGUGUCCGUUCGGGACCGAGCUUGCAGACCGUUGGUUUCCUCCGAGAUGUCCGGCGAAUGAACGUCGCCCUGACUCGUGCCAAGGCUUCACUAUUUGUCCUCGGUAACGCACCAACCCUUGAGAGGAGCGACGACAUUUGGCGGAAGAUUGUUGACAACGCGAGGUCAAGAACAUCCCUUAUCAAGGCCGAUGUCGCAUACUUCACAGCCCCUAACACUUACACGGCGCCGUUACCGCAACCUACGAAGCCCAAACCCAAGCCGGCGUCGAAAACCAUCGUAGGACCUCCGCCCCCACCUGAUCUUGCCACCCCUCGUGAAUUGAAAGCAAUCGCGAAUCGCUCGAAUGCCCCUGCGCCCGCUGCAACUCAACCUCCCGCCCCGGACGCCCCGAAGGAGGCGCCCUUUGCACCCGAUGUACCGGUUACCGUAGCAUCAGAGGAGGCGCAAGUGGGUCAAAAGCGGCGUGCAGAGGGUCCACCGAAGGAUGAUGCGGGUGGUUCUGGCGCCGCUCAGGGCAACUCAAAACCAAAACCGAAGCCACCUGCGGCGAAACGCCAGAAGCAAGGCCCCAGCCUGUUCAUCCCUAAGAAGCGAUGAGCUCUUACCUUACCACGAUUACUCCACCGCUGCUGCAUUCCUGGUGUACCACUGCAUCUGUUCACCUGGCUCGCAUAUUCUCGUCGCACAUUGGAUUCG